AUGACCACCAAAAAGGUUGGAAUUCUUGCUAAUGAAACUGAUAAAAUUAAGCAUUCCAUUGCUGGAGCCGUUGCGGGCUGUGUCAGCUCUAUUGUUACAUGUCCUUUAGACGUAGUAAAGACUAGGUUACAAAACCAAGGCAAAAUUGUUGAUUAUAGAGUACCUAUUUAUCAAGGUACAGGAGGAACUUUGAAACGAAUAUGGGUAGAAGAAGGAAUCCGUGGGUUAUAUCGUGGUCUUGGACCAACAUUAUAUGGAUAUCUUCCAACCUGGGCUAUUUAUUUCAGCGCGUAUGAUUAUUUCAAAGCAGCAUUAGGAGCAGAAUCAGGACAAACCGGACAUCACCAAUGGGUUGUGCAUAUAUUCGCGGCCAUGGGCGCAGGUGCCACGAGUACUAUAGUCACUAAUCCAUUAUGGGUGAUAAAAACGCGAUUCAUGACGCAAAAUGAAACAACUUCAUAUAUGUAUAAAAAUACAUAUCACGCUUUUAAAACUAUUUAUAAAACUGAAGGAUUCAGAGGAUUUUAUAAAGGUCUUGGUCCUUCAUUAAUGGGUGUAAGCCAUGUGGCUGUUCAAUUUCCUUUAUAUGAGAAAUUGAAAGUUUGGUUAAAACAUCCUGAACAAGAUCAUUUAUCCAAUACUUCGAUUUUGUUCGCAUCAUCAGUUUCAAAAAUGGCAGCAUCAGUAGCAACUUAUCCACAUGAAGUAGUUCGUACGCGUUUACAAAAUCAAACGGCCAAACCAUUCAAGUAUAACGGAGUAUUACACUCCGUGAAAGUAAUAAAACACGAGGAAGGUUGGUUAGCUUUUUAUAAAGGGAUGUCGACUAAUUUAUUGAGAACUGUACCUGCGAGUGCUUUAACCAUUUUAACUUAUGAGAUAUUAGUUAGAAGGUUGAAUGCUAGUGCAGAUAAAGGUGGUUGA